AUGGCAGAAACAAUGAAUGCGAUGGCUGUUGUGAACCCCCUACUGGAGGGGUCACCGACUGACUCCGGCCUAGGCGUUUCCACGGAGGACAUAUUUUGUCAGAACGUACUGGCUCAUGCCAAUCUAAAUACUACGUUCGAAUUGACACAGAUAGUAAAAGGCUUUCGUAACGCCGAAUACGAUCCUUCUAAAUUCCCCUGCGUACGCAUACGCUACUGGCGUCCACAGUGUACCAUUGCGGUGUUCCGUAGUGGUAAAAUACAGGCUACGGGAGCUGCCAGCCCUGAAGACGCCCGAUUGGCUAUGCAUCGUACUGCGGCUCGACUGAAGGCUCGUAUGAAUUGCGAACGUGUUAAGUUCUCCGAUUUCACCUGCGACAACAUCCUAGCGACAUACGACUUGGGUUCUACUAUGAACCUAUUGGGCCUCUCUAGGGCUCCUGCAUUUGCCAAUGUGGUUGCCUAUGAGCCUAGCCGUUACCCAGCAGUUGUCCUCCGUGACCCCGGUCGUGGUGUGACAGUUGAUGUGUUCUCAACAGGGCGAGUGAGUAUGAAGGGCAAGACUAGUAUUGAGAAUCUUUGUGAUGCGCUCAAUGAGAUGCUACCUCACAUUCUCGAUUAUCGUUGCGAAUCUUUACUAUAA